AUGUCUGGAUAUGAAGUUGUUAUUGUUGGAGGAGGUGUGUUUGGAUUGAGCUCUGCUGUUCAAUUAGCUCGGACCAACUACAAAGUAAUAGUCAUCGACAAGUUUCCGAUACCGUCUCCUUUGAGCGCCGCAAAUGAUUACAACAAGAUUGUAAGACUGGAGUAUAAUGACAUGGUAUAUGCAGAACUUGCUGUUGAAGCCAUGGGCUAUUGGAAUGGUGAAGAUUCUUCACUUUUACCUGCAAGGUUGCUCCAUGACUGUUAUUCACACUGUGGAAGAAUCAGCGUAGUUCAAGAUCCUAAGACAAGAAGAUAUGCUUUUGACGAGAGCAGUCUGAGGUUAUUACAAGAGAAAUUUUCGAGGUGUCGGGAUGUUAAGGAGUUCAAAGAUCUAACAUGCGGAGGGAAGUUUCCGCAACUUUCUGAUGGCCAGCGUUAUGAUAUUUUUCGAUAUAAUCCCGACUGUGGAAUUGGCUUUGCAAGAGAGUCGUUGUUAAAAAUGAAAAGAUAUGCCGAAUCGUUAGGUGUAGUGUUCCAAGAGAAUGAUGGUGUUGUAGAAGUGGAAAAGUUUAGAGAUGGAAGUCAAAGUGUGGUAGUCCGGUGUGAAUCUGGAAAGCGAAUUCAUGGUAAAAAGGUUGUCAUUGCGUGCGGUGCAAACACCUCUGCGAUUUUACCAAUGCAGAGAUACGUAAAGGCCACUGGACUGUAUGUUGGCCAUGUUCAGUUAUCAGAUGAAGAGUACCAGAAGUUCAAGGAUAUCCCUGUAAUUUUUAAUAGUAGCGUUGGUUAUAUCUUCCCUCCUGAUGCUCAAACCAAGAUGAUUAAAAUCUGCACGAGCGCUAUGUCCGCAUACGAUGGAAAAAGUAACGGAUCAUAUCCUGUGUAUAGAACGCUGGAGCCACAUACGGCUCCUAGUAUACCCAUAAGCGCGGCAGUUCGUAUAAGGACGGUAUUAGGUAAAUACUUACCUUCGUUAGUGUUCACUUCUGGAACACAAUCGCAGCUAAGGGAUAUCAUUGACUGCAAGAUAUGCUGGGUCAGUGACACAGCAAACUCAGAUUUCAUCAUAGACGAGGUCCCUGGUAUGAGUAACGUGUACGUCUGCUGCGGUGAUUCGGGCCAUGCAUACAAGUUUCUCCCCAACAUAGGCAAAUACAUUCAACAAAAACUGGAAAAUAAGCUACCAGAACCUCUAGCACGCAAAUGGAGCUUCAGAGAAGCAAACUGGAACGAUGCAGAAAUCGAGUGGAGGGUGGAACCUACAAAAUUAGCAAUCCAAGAUGUGGAAUGGUUCAAAGAAAGCUAUGGACACGCGAAGCUAUAG